AUGCUCCGACCUUGGGCGACCCCGACCCCCCGUCCAACGCCCGGAGCAGCUACGUUGCCCCCUAGUACGUACCGAGGCAAGCUCCAUUGGCACGACCUGGCAUGUGGUGUCGUCGACGUCGCUAGCCCCCGAACGGUGAACCACACCACCGCAUCGCCCACCGCAUCGCAGCCCAACAUCACCCACCUACAACUAGGUCGUUACCACCCUGGCACCUACGCCGUGCAGGCACAUGCGUUGGCGACAGCAUCGUCCGUGGAACCACUCCCGGUAACCGCUCAGCCACGCCGGUCAAGAACCGCAAACCUCGCGCAGGCCUUCCCCUCGACCUGUGGACGUCAGGAAAAGGAGCUCGACGAGAGCCAAGCGACGUCACGGACCCCAAAUGGCGUCCUCAUCCUUGAUCGUGCCGGGCCCAACCAAGUCGAGGGGGAAGGGUGCACGACAUUGUCGGCUUCGAGGGCACGUCCACGAUUGGACGGCGAGGUGGCAGGCAUGCCUACCGGUCCGCGUCCCUACUCUGUAGCCGUCACGGCGGCUUGCGCCUCUCCGUCCCGCGUCGAGGAGGUUCGGCCGACGACAUGUCGAGAUGCUGUCCGUGCCAUCUUGCCGCAAGCUGGCUCGUCAGCCAUCGCCGUCGCCUGCGCUUCCUGCCAUCGCAAGUGCCUCGUGGGUGCGGCGAGCACGUCAGCACCAUACGAGCAAACCGCACAUGCACUGUGCUCGUACCUGUUCGGUACCUACAACCCACCUUCCUACCGACCUGCCACCUUGAUCCCUAUGGUGCCAGCGAUGACUCUAGCGCACGAUACCUGCAGUGACAGCCAGGCACAGUGCACCAUGACAUGCGAGGCCCCCCCGCCGCUGAGGGCCCUGCGUACGCGUACGAGAACCAGUGCACGCACAGCCGCAUGUACCACGACAGCUACGUGUUCGAGCACGACCAGGAUCAGUCCUCACGCUCGCGGCAAUGCCAGCCCUCGCAACAAUGCCAGCCCUCGCAGCAAUGCCAGCCCUCGCAGCAAUGCCAGCCCUCGCAGCAAUGCCAGCCCUCGCAAAAAUACCAGUCCUCGCAGCGAUACAAGCCCUCGCAGCAAUACCAGCCCUCGCAGCAAGGCCGGUCCUCACAGCACCACCAGUCCUCGCGGCGGUACCAGCCCUGCCAGCAGUGCCAGCCCACGCGGUGAUGCCAGUCCUCGCAGAGAUGCCAGUCCUAGUAGUGCCAGUCCCGGCGGCAUCUUGACCGCGCACCAUCGUCGGAGCUGCUGCGUCCGAGGCGUGGGGGGCCUCAACAUGUCCUGCCGUGGCCCCAGAGGCCAUCGCAGCGGGACGAGUGCCAUGGUCGUCGCUGAUAGGCCGGCGCACGUGGCGGAGAAUCACAUGCUCCCUGCUGGGUCCCCAGCCGUUAGCGCCCCUGCUUCCCCUGUGCUCGUGCUGCUCGUCGCCCCCGCCGCUCCCAGAAACAUCAGCAGAGAGCGAGAGCUCAACAGAACUCGAGGCCAAGGCAGAGACGAAGACGGUGAUGCUCCUCUCCGCCCCGGCUCCCCAUCAGCAACAUCCUUCCCACCAUCCAGCCUGUCGCCCCUCGUGCCCCCGUCACCGUCGACACCGUCGACAUCGCCGUCAUCGCCAUCACGACCCACGCCGUCACGAUCCUCGCCGUCACGACCCUCGCCGUCCCGACCCUCGCCGUCCCGACCAUCACGACCAUCCCCGCGGACCGCUGGACCUCGUCCGCCGCUUCCGCCACCGCCUCGUCGACGACGGCAACGACAACCACCGAGACGGCAUCUGCGUCCCUCGUCCUUUCUCCUCCUGCCGCCGCAACGCCGACCUCUGAUCCCGCCGCUUCCGGGUGUCGCCCCCUUGUCCCUUCAGCCUCCCGUGGGCGAUCCCUACUCCGAGCCCAGCUGGCUGCUCGCCCCCCGCAGGAGCGAAGACGGAGAUUGCGAGCCGCCGGCCUCGAUGGACCCUUCCACCACCUCGCGGCCGCCUCGCGUCGCCGAGGCCGACGAGUCGCCCGCCUCCAACAGGCUGCCGCCCAUCAGGAUGCUUCCCUCCAUCGACAGCGUCCGAGGCGACGUCCUGCCCGACUACCAAUCACAGUACCGGCCGCCGUACCCGUCGCGGUACCAGCCGUCGUACUACCCGCCGCCGCCCCCAUCGGGACCGUCCCCCAAGCUGACGUACCCGUUACCACCGCCGCACCCGUACCCUCCGCAGGGACCCGUGUCGCAGUCUCCCUCGGCCCCCUUGCCGCGUCCGAUGCUCGGCGACCCGUUGGUCCAUCGCCAGUCCCAACCCCAGCCGACCUUUCCGCGACCCGACAGCCCGGCCGCCAUGGACCUCGACACCGCCAGCGUCGCGAGCGCCCAGACGGCGACGCCCGAUGCGGCGGCCGAGAAGCCGCUGACCAUUGCCGACCCCGACGUGCGCUUGGCCGCCGAGGCGUUGGGAAAUCUCCGAGCCGGUGAGUCGAGGGCGCCAUGA